GCUCAGUCUCAGUCUCGUAUUGUCCUCCGUACCUUUCGCAUCGUUUUCCCGCCCAGGGAUUUACCGGAGUGUCCCUAUCCUCAAGAGGCUGUUUUUUUGCCAGAGGCUACAAUUCCCUCAAUUAUCCGUAGUGACAUAUGUAGCAGGAAAUUGCCCACGUGACAGACAAAAAAUAUCCUUCCGGUGAGAAUUAUUUUUUUUACCGAAUUCACAAGGAAAUCCUCAGGAAAUUCUUGUUGUUGGCCUCAAAAGUGUUUUCCAAGCAAAGUGAAUAAUUUAGUGUGAGAAGCAGAGAGACCACCAGAAAAUUAUUUAACUGCUUUUUUUUUGUCCUGACAAGUUGGUGAAUAAAAAAACCGGAAAUAGUGUGAAUAGCCUGGAGACUAUCACGGGAGUUUUCCUGAAAAGCUGGGUGAAAGAGGUGAAUAGGGGCAAACUCGGAAGAAAUAAAAAAGCAAGAGACAUCUCACCUUUGAGGAUGAUGUGAGAGAAUUUAAUAAUGUUUUAGUGAAGUUGUUGGAACUAGAAAAAAAAAGACUCCGUCUCAACAAUGAUAAGGAAGAAGAAAUAUCUCUUCAUAUUCUAUUGGGCAAUUCUAUCAGACGUGAUACUUAAUGUAUUUUGCUUAAAAGACUUAAAAAUAUUUGUACCAGAUGCCGUCAUAAUGGGCAAUGCUGUUACUCUUUCAUGUCAGUACGACUUGGAAAAGGCAUCCCUCUACUCUGUACGAUGGUACUUCGAGAAGGAGGAAUUCUAUAGCUAUGUCCCCAAGGAAUCUCCACCGGAACGAGUAUUUCCCGUGUCUGGAAUUUCUGUUGAUCUCAACAUGUCAGACAAACAUUCUGUAACAUUGCGUAGUGUUACGCGUGAUUUAACGGGUCAAUUUGAAUGUGAAGUCUCAGAAGAUGCACCACUCUUCCAUACAGCCAUGAAGAGUGCAAGGAUGAUGGUGAUUGAACUUCCUAAGGAGGAGCCAAUAAUGCAAAUUGAUAAGAAAACUGUGGCACCCAGUGGAAAUUUCAAAGCACAUUGCUCUAUCGGGGUGUCUUUUCCACCUGCCAAUAUCACAUGGUACAUGAAUGGUAGACGAAUAUAUAAAACUUCAUCCCAACGAGUAACGUAUCGUGCAUAUGAGAGUUCUGGUACAUUUUCCACAUUAGAAAUCUAUCCUCAUAGUCAAGUGUUACAAGCAAUAUACAAAUCAAAUCCACAAUUUCAACCCGUCACAGUUGUAAGUCUACUGUGCGAAGUUUCCAUCCUCAAUGUUUACCACAAGAGCGUACAGGAGAAAAUUGCUAUAACAACUAAAUCAAUGACAACAAUCUCACCAAAUCUUCUGGGCCUGGAGGCACCGCGUCAUCCUCGGGAUCCAGACAAUUCACCCCUCACUGGACAUGACUUCAAAUUGCAACCGCCAAUUUGUCUCUUUGUCCUCGUUAUUUUGCUUCAUCAAUUUCUAGCAUUAUGAUACAACUAGGACAAAUAUGACAAGGACAAUGGAAAAUUAAAGGAAAAUUAAUAUCCAUGCAACCUUAGAUAUUUAAGGCAAAAUAACAUUGACCGUUGAAUCUUAAACGUUGCUUUCAAAUUCUAAAUCAAUGAUUAAUAAAUGUAAUUAUUAAAAUUGUUUAUUAUUCUAAUUUGUGAUAUUAAUAAAAUAAAAUAUGGUAAAUAAGACGUGUGAGUCUUCUGUGGUUUUUAUAUUCAGGGGGCGAAUUCGACAAAUUCAUGAGAAUUGUAACUGAUGAGUUUCAAAAUGAGAAAAGUCAUGUGAGAGAAAAUCAUCUAUUAAAUUAUGCAUUAUUCCUGUGGAUACAGAGACUCUGUUCUUACAUCUUUUGAAGUCAAUGACUUUUCUCGCUGAUGAGUUUUGUCAUGACAUUUGUCAUGUACAACUGAAUCAUAUUUUUGACAAUUUUACUGACAAUUCUAAAUAGAAUUGCUUUCAUGAUUUUUUCACACUGAAACCUUGCUCUAGGGGAGGAUUCUGUUAGCUUACGAGAAUUGUCAUAAGAGAACUUUUAUUGAGAUUAGGUCUGAAAGCUUUCAAAUAAACGACUAUGCU